AAAGCUUCACCGGAAGUAGCGCGAUGGGGUUUCCGGUUACCGUCUGAGUCCCUCCCCAAAAUCCCGGGCCAUCUUGUGCUUAGCCGAAACAAAACGGGGACAGAACCGGUCUGGUUUGAGGAUGGGGAGCCGCUUUUAGGGCCGAGUUUGGAUGCGGUUUUUCGGUUCCGCACCGGGACAUUAUGAGACGUGGCUCCGCAGCGCGGAUAAACUCCCGCCACACCCCGCUCGCCGGCUAACCUUAGCUGCUCCGUUAAGCUAAGCUAGCCGAUUAGCUCCGGCUGGUCGCCCAGAAAGAGCGGAGAGGCAGAGCCGACAGACCGCCGUUCGCUCCGACAUCCCCGCAGGUCCGCGGCGGGAAUGCACCGGCUCUGACGGCGGACGCGCGCGAUGAGGAGCGACGCCCGCUGCUAGCUCCGUCUGCCGCCAACGGUUGUUUUUCGUCCCCGAGCGGAGCUUCGAUCAGCCGCGGCGCUGGCCAUGCCCUCCAAUGCACGGACGGGCAACCAGAAGGACCCAGACGCGGCGGAUCUGUUCUGCAAAGAUGACCCGGAGAAGCUGUUCGCGGACCUCCGGGAGAUCGGCCACGGCAGCUUCGGAGCCGUCUACUUUGCCCGAGAUGUCCGCAACAACGAGGUGGUGGCCAUCAAGAAGAUGUCCUAUAGCGGCAAGCAGACCAAUGAGAAAUGGCAGGACAUCAUCAAAGAGGUGAAGUUCCUCCAGAAGCUUCGUCACCCCAACACCAUCGAGUACCGGGGCUGUUACCUGAAGGAGCACACCGCAUGGCUGGUCAUGGAGUAUUGUCUGGGCUCCGCCUCCGACCUCCUUGAAGUCCACAAGAAGCCCCUCCAGGAGGUCGAGAUAGCUGCCAUUACCCAUGGUGCACUGCAGGGAUUAGCAUAUCUGCACUCUCACAACAUGAUUCACAGGGAUGUCAAAGCAGGGAACAUCCUGCUGACUGAGCCGGGUCAGGUCAAACUGGGGGACUUUGGCUCCGCCUCCAUUGUGGCGCCAGCCAACUCCUUUGUGGGGACGCCGUACUGGAUGGCGCCUGAGGUGAUCCUGGCCAUGGACGAGGGUCAGUACGACGGGAAGGUGGACGUCUGGUCUCUGGGCAUCACCUGCAUUGAGCUGGCGGAGAGGAAGCCCCCCCUGUUCAACAUGAAUGCUAUGAGUGCCUUAUACCACAUCGCUCAGAACGAGAGUCCCAUCCUGCAGUCCAACCACUGGUCGGACUCCUUUCGUAACUUUGUUGACUCCUGCCUUCAGAAGAUUCCCCAGGACCGGCCUACCUCCGACGUGCUGUUGAACCAUCGUUUCCUGUGCCGCGAGCGUCCGCUCACCGUGGUCAUGGACUUGAUUGCACGGACCAAGGACGCCGUCAGGGAGCUGGACAACCUGCAGUACCGCAAGAUGAAAAAGAUCCUCUUCCAGGAGACGCAGCAGAACGGGCCGGUGUCGGAGGGGGCGGAGGACGAGGAGGACGUGGAUCAGUACCUGCAGCAGAUGGGGACGGUCAACAGCAUGGAGAGCUCCCAGUCCGUCCCCAGCAUGUCCAUCUCCGCCAGCUCCCAGAGCAGCUCCGUCAACAGCCUGGCCGACGCCUCCGACGACAGCAGCAGCGAGAUGGCCAUGAUGCAGGAGGGCGAGCACACCGUCACCUCCAACAGCUCCAUCAUCCACCGACCCUCGGGUCAGGACAACAUCUAUGACGACCCCUACCAACCGGAGAUGGAGCAGCCGCAGGCGCCCUCUGCUGGACGCCGCAGGGCGUACUACCGCAACCGAGACCACUUUGCCACAAUUCGCACCGCCUCGCUGGUGACCCGUCAAAUCCAGGAGCACGAGCAGGGCUCGGCGCUGCGGGAGCAGAUGUCCGGAUACAAGCGGAUGAGACGGCAGCACCAGAAGCAGCUGAUGGGCCUGGAGAACAAGCUGAAGGCGGAGAUGGACGAGCAUCAGCUGAAGCUGGACAAGGAGCUGGAGAACCAGAGGAACAGUUUCUCCACGGAGGCGGACAAGCUGGUCAAGAAGCACCAGGCCAUCCUGGAGAAGGAGACCAAAGCUGCUCUGGCAGAAGAGAAGAAGUUCCAGCAGCACAUCCUGGGGCAGCAGAAGAAGGAGCUGACUGGCCUACUGGACUCUCAGAAACGGCAGUAUCGUCAGCGUAAGGAGCAGCUGAAGGAGGAGCUGAACGAGAACCAGCUGACACCCAAGCGGGAGAAGCAGGAGUGGCUGGUCCGGCAGAAGGAGUGUCUGCAGCAGAUGCAGGCGGAGGAGGAGGCCAGCCUGCUGAGGAGGCAGCGCCAGUACUACGAGCUGCAGUGUCGGCAGUACCGGAGGAAGAUGCUGCUGGCCCACCACAACCUGGAGCAGGACCUGCUGCGGGAGGAGCUGAAUAAGAAGCAGACCCAGAAGGACCUGGAGUGCGCCAUGCUGCUGCGGCACCACGAGUCCACUCAGGAGCUGGAGUUCAGGCAGCUGAGCCUGGUCCAGCGGACUCGGGCCGAGCUGAUCCGAACCCAGCACCAGACUGAGCUCACCAACCAGAAGGAGUACAACGAGCGGCGCAAGCAGGAGCUGCAGCAGAAACACGCCACCGAGGCCCGGCAGCAGCCAAAGAGCCUGAAGUCCAAAGAGCUGCAGAUCAAGCGCCAGUUCCAGGAGACCGGCAAGAUCCAGACCCGGCAGUACAAGGCUCUGAAGAACCACCUGCUGGAGAGCACGCCCAAGUCCGAGCACAAAACCAUCCUGAAACGGCUGAAGGAGGAGCAGACGCGCAAGCUGGCCAUCCUGUCCGAGCAGUACAACCAUUCCAUCAACGACAUGCUGUCCACGCAGGCCGUGACCAAGCUGCGGCUGAACGAGACGCAGGAGGCCGAGGAGCAGGUCCUGAACAUGCAGCUGCAGCAGGAGCUGGAGCUGCUUAACGCCUACCAGAGCAAGAUCAAGAUGCACACGGACACGCAGCACGAGCGCGAGAUCAAGGACCUGGAGCAGCGGGUGUCCAUCCGCCGGGCGCUGCUGGAGCAGAGGAUCGAGGAGGAGAUGCUGUCGCUGCAGAACGAGCGCUCCGAGCGGAUCCGGACCCUCCUGGAGCGCCAGGCUCACGAGAUCGAGGCCUUCGACUCGGAGAGCAUGCGGCUGGGCUUCAGCAACAUGGCGCUGACCGGCAUUCCCGCUGAGGCCUACAACCAGGGCUACCCCACCCCCAGUCCGGCCUCGGGCUCCGGCGGCUGGCCGUCCCGGCCCGUCCCGCGCUCCGGCAGCCACUGGACCCACAGCGUGCAGAACUCGGUGGCCACGCCCUCCUGGCGCAGUAAGAACGACGGCGGGGGCAGCUUCAACCGCGCAGAGUCUGUGGCGUACGCUCAAGGGUUCAGCAGGGACGACGACGUGAACCGCAGAGGCCACGCCUCCUCCCACCACCACCAGCAGCACUACCUCCCCCAGCACUACCAGCACCACCAGAGCACCCCCCAGCUGUACCGCGACGACCGCGACUCCAGGGAGCGCGGGCGGGACUGGGGCGGCGCCGCCCACUAUUCCCAUCACCCCCAGGGCCACCACCUGUCCUCCCAUGGCUCCUCCCAGUCGCUGGCGCUGCUGCCGCCCCCUCCCCCGCCACCCCCCAUCUCCCUCUCGUCUUCCUCUCCUCCGUCCUCCGCGUCUUCGUCCUCGUCGUCUCAGGGAGGCUACGGCGGCCUGAGCGUGCGGGGCCCCGGCAUGAUGGCGCUCAGGAACAGCCCGCAGCCUCUCCGGAGGACCGCCUCCGGGGGGCCUGGGGGCGGGGCAGGAAGUGACGGCGGCCUCAGCCGCAGCACGUCCGUCACCUCCCACAUCUCCAACAGCUCCCACCUGUCCUACUCGUGAAUCAAUCGGCGAGGAGGCGGGGCCAGGGCGCUUGGAGGCGGGUCUUUAACAGUUCCAUUCUUUUUAAACACAUCAUUUUACGGUUUGGGUUUUAGCUGAGUUGUAGAAAGGGGUGGAGUCACCUUCGCCGUGUCACAAAGCGAACGCGUGGAGCUGCCGCGUCUCUUCCAUAAAACCUCGGGGGGCGUCCUCCCGUUGGGUUUGUGACACGUAGAGUUGCACAGGCGGCGGCGGCGCGUUAGCAUUUCUGAGGUUGUUUUUCUUUGCGUUGAGCGACAGUCACGGAGCUUCCACUCGUUCAGGGCGCUUUCAGAACCACCGUAACUGUAAAUACUCCAAAAGCCGGUUCUGGAAACUCCAGUCCUCCUAUUUGUAGUGAUAAGUCUGUGAGAGUAGAACACUGCCCUCUGCUGGCCGGGAGUCAGACUGCAGCCGUAAGCUCAGAGGCUCACCGGCAGGAAUCCUCCUUCACCGGCGGAUGUUCAGCUCCUUCAUCAGAGGAUUUUCAUUCAGCUUUUCUCCGUUAAAGAGGCUUCACUGAGGAGGAGCAUCACGCCAUCAAACUGGCUAAACGAGACGAGGAGGAAGUUCUGGUUUCAUCCUGGAAGCACCCUUCCAGUCCUGAACGUCCAACCAGGAGGAAAUCCGGCCGAGCGCCAUGGAUUCACAGCAGCAGGGUUGAGUGGGCGGAGCUGGUGUACAGGCGGCGUUUGUAUGAAUAAACCUGCACUCUACCUAUUUAUAUAAUGCAUAUAAAUGUAAGUUACCUGCACGCGGAGCAGGUACGCUGAAGAUUGUUCACUGUCCAACACUUUGACUGGCAUUGUACUUAGCAGUGUACAUAGAAGCACUAACUCGGACUGUGUUAGAGUAAUAAUGAUUCUUUUGUCCCGUGAGUUCAACCAUUUGUACGAGACGAAUAGACGCCAUCGUCAUUAUUUCUACUGCUGCAGUUGGAAUAUUUAUGUUGUAUUUUUACGUUUUUAACAUGUCGAUGCCAAUUGUGACCACUAGGUGGGGAAGAAUCGCAACGUUACUGUGAUCGUUUGAAAAACAUGUUUCUGAGGAGGACUACGUUUCCCAGCAUUCCCGGCGCGGUUUGGGGGCGGUGUCCUCCUUCCUGGGCAGGGCUGCGUUACGACUUUGAUUCUUUGUUUGGAGCCAGUAUUAAAGGGCGGAGCUUUGGAGGCGGGGCUGAGCGUCGGACGCUUUCUCCCGUUUGGUUCAGGACGUUUGUGCCAUGUUUUGUUUUUCUGUUACUUUCAAACCGUCGUUCUCUGGAGUCUGUCGAGUUACAGCCGUAAAAAUGCAGGAAAUGAUCACAUGAACAAACUGUGUUUGAAGGUUUUACUGGAUCGGUUUAAGGAAAUAUCGAUUAACCCCAGAAAAAACAGAACCGUUCAUGUUUUAAAAACAUGAACUGAAGAAAAGUCAAACUUUUUUUUAGUUUUUCAGUGAAAGACGAGCGUAUGAUUUUAACCAUUUUGUGAUUCUGAAGACGAAACUUCUAGAAAUCUAGUAAAAAUAUUUUAUGAAGCAAAAAAUUAUCCAAGAACAAAAUAUGUUUUUGACCUGGAACUAAAAUAAGAAACAAAAAUACAUUUUUAAAGGACUGUAUUGGUGUGUUUGAAUAUGUUAGAUUUAAUCUGCAGAUAAACUUCAACAGUUUAUUUCAUUUUCAUAUUUUUAAAAGGAAGUUUACAUAAGGAAUUAAGUGCAAUUUAUCACAAACAUUUAAAUUGUAAAGGAGAAUUUGCUUUAGACUGAAGUCACUUUAAAAGCUUCAAACCGUCAUUUCAAAGCAAAGCUUGACAGUCGAGUCGUUUUUCCACAAAUAGAUUUGAAAUCAUAAAGUACAGAAAGCUGUUUUAGAUUUGAUCCGUUGUUAAAGCGAGAUCAGAAAAAGGUUAAAUCUUUUUUCUGGAACAUUUUGAAGCCAUAAUUUCCUAAUUGAAAUGCAGUUUAUUCAUCUGAUUAUUGUUGCAUCAUUUCCCGACUCAACGUUCCUGCAGUCUGAGUGGAAACCGCCCACACAUCUGCAGCUGCUGCAGUCCGUCUGCGCAUUCACAGAAGUUUAUCUGCAGCUGUCUGCGCAUCCACAGUAGUCAGCAGAUCUGCAGCAGUUUGUCUGUCUGUCUGCAGCUGUCUGCGUCUUCAGCUGUCUGCAGCCGUCUGCAGCUGUCUGCAGCCGUCUGCAGCUGUCUGCGUCUGCAGCUGUCUGUCUACCUCAUUUGCACUGAUGGUGAACGAAUGUUUGGUCAACUUUAGAAAUGAAGCUGUUUAGUGGUUUCUUUCUUUCUUUUCAAAUCGUGUGCAAAUGUGGGGGGGGCACCGGGGGGGCGAACGUUUGGGACUCGGAGAGGCUUCAGGAUCAGACUUGGAUCACGUUCUUUUCUAAUGUUUGCUUGGAACCUGCUGGCCUUUGAAGGAAAGCGUUUCCUCUUUGUGAGAUUUCAUUUUGCCAACGUUGUGGUUCCUGCUGGUGGAAGCUGCACCAGGAGACGGACGGCGGCGGCGGCCGGUCCUCCUGAAGGGAUUCAGCACUUUCUGCUCAAAGGUUUUCACCUUCAAAAUUCCUGACAUGAUUCCCAGAGUUUGUUCCUACUAAAAUUAUCAUUUUCUUUUAUAGCUUCCAAGAUAUUUUGACGUUUUUACUGAGUCCAACAUUUCAUUACUUUCAUGUUAACUAGUUCCCUUCUUGUAUGUUAAACUCUAACUACAUAUUUUAAAUGUUCGAGUGACCCAAACGGUUCAUUUUGUCUCAGAAAGGGAAAUGUUGGGAACUUACUAACUAAUUCAAGCAAUUACAGGAAAUCGUUUUGUUUUCUAAUCUUCAUUUCAGGUUCACUCACACAGACGAGGGUUAUUAUCAAAUAAUUUUUAUUUAAAUAGACUCGACUCUGGUUUCUGUGUCCUGGUGCAGCUUCUUAAGUUUUAUUUCUGAGCGGUUUCAUGUCUGCGGCCAGCAGGAUAAAGAGGCUGCUGUGAGGAUGAGGAGGUGAUGAGGAUGGAUGCUCGUCUGUUGCACAGAGUUGCAGACAUCUAGGUUCAGGUGGAAGCUGUUGAAAGUUGAAAUGUACAGAAAGAUAAAAUACUUUUGAAGAAAUAAACGAAGAAAAACA